UCACACAUUAAUGUUUUAUACAGGAAUUAAUAAAAUACGAAUUUUAUAUCUCAAAAUUAUUAAAUAAAGGGCUUUGCUCAAAAUUAUACUAAUAGCUUGUAAAAUCAACUAGAGGAGAUUCCACCAGAUAAUGAGUGCUGUGAUGCACAUCCUUCGCACUUACUUCCCCAAGUGGUGUCUUCCACGGCCAGAUCGUCAGUCGCAGAAGCACCUGCAGCACCACAUUUUCCGGCAGCUACAGACGAACCACCCAACCACCGCACUGGUGGAGAUCAAGCCAUCAACUGAACAGGUGUUUCCGAAAUGCAGAUUUAUGCAGUAUCGCCGAGCCAACGAACACCUCAAGCGAUUGGGCAUGGUUUCCGAGGAUGGCAACAAGAUGGUGGAGUUGUCUAGCAUCACCUGUGCCGCUCCCAACAUGAUGGACUUCAUCCAUCAAAAGUACAGCAUGGACAAUCUGCAGGACAGUGUUGAAUUCAUGACGAUCGAGGAUGUGGAAGAUGUGGAUCUAAGUCUGCUGCCACCCAUCGAUUCUCCUGGAAAGAUCAUCGGCAUCGACUGCAACUAUGUGGACAACUGCGACGAGCAGCACAUCUCUAUCCCAAGGGAACCGUCUUUCCAUGUCAAGUUCGCCACCUCCAUUACUGGAGCUCUGGACAACAUCAAGGCGCACAGUUUGGCCAAGCACAUCGACUACGGCUGCCAAUUGGCAGUGGUAAUGGGCAAAAAGUGCCGGGAAGUGACGCCCAAGGAGGCGCUGAAUCAUGUCUUUGGUUUCAUGGUCGUCCAGGACAUUGUGGCCCGGGACUGGAACGCCCUGCUUGGGGGUCACUCAAUGGAUACCUUCCUACCCUUGGGUCCCACGAUUGUGCACAGGUGUCAUGUGCCCGACGUAAACAACCUGUGGAUCAAGACGUUCAUCAAUGGAGAGGAACGGCAGUCGGGCAACACCCGAAACAUGAUAUUCAAGGUCGACUUCCUUAUUCACCGCCUAUCCCAGUACCUAACUCUCUGUCCGGGCGACAUCAUACUCACGGGAACACCUGCUGGAGCGGGUGCCUAUCGCCAACCGUCGUGCUUUCUCAAGCCCGGCGAUCUCAUCGAGAGCGAGAUUCAAAAUUUGGGCAGAAUGUGCAAUAAAGUCGUAAAUCCCUAUUCCUAAAA